UGGCGCUUUUAGUCUUGGCCCGUCCCUUCGUCCAUUCUCGUCCUUGCCGGACACCAGCAACCAACCCCCGGCGGCGGCGAAAACCUUCCGUGCGCAAAGGGGAACUAUGGACCGGUUGCAAGACGAGAAGCGCAGUGACGAGGGAGAUUCCGCCUGAUCCACCGGCGAUGAGACCCACGCGUUGCACCCACGUGCCUUUCGCAAAUCUUUACGCGACGACGUGAGAGUUUAUCGACGUCAAAGUUGAAAAUAAUUAUUUAACGGAAUCCUUGGAAAAAAUUUUUCAUCUUUCGCAUUCAUUAUCGCGUGUCGUCGCGGAGAAGAAAAAGAAACGUCGAAAAAAUUGUACAUAGCAAGCAAGAAAAACACAACAACUCUCUUUUCUUCAAAAUACAUCAUAUCCCACGUCGGAGGAAGAAAUCCGAAGAGUGUGCCGAUCGGAUAUCGAGCGCCGAUCGAAUGCAAACCGCAUUAUCGCGCGGGACAUGUCGCAGGAGAUUCGACCGAUUCGUCGGGAGACGAACGAUAGUCGCAACUCGAAGAGGAGCAAUCGCGCUCAGCGCCGAUGGCGCAUUCUGGCCAGGGCGCUGACUCGCUCGCCGGAACCGAUCGGCGGCAGCGAGUCUGACGAGGAGGUGUCGGUGAGACGGUUCACCAGCUUCGGUCUGCUCAGUUGCUCGCUGCUGAAGAACGCGCUGGCGGACGGCGAGUCCAGUUGGUGCGAAUACUCGACCUGGAUGGACGAUCGGUUGUACAACGUGCAGAUACGACGGAUAAACAAGUGCUUCACGGCGAGCGAGCUCAUCGGCUUCAACAACACCGGCAACGUGUGCGUGUGGCCGUCCGAAGAGUGUUUGGCGUAUUAUCUGCUGCGGAAUCGCGGCCUCUGCCGGAAUCGGAACGUCCUUGAACUCGGUGGCGGCAUGAGCUGUUUGGCCGGCGUGCUCGCCGCGAAGUACUGCGAUCCCAGCUUGGUCACGCUCACGGACGGCAACGUGACCAGCGUCGACAACGUGCGUUGCAUCGUCGCCAGGAACGGGAUGACGCAUCUGGUGGAGUGCGGGGUCUUGCAGUGGGCCCGAGCGGCCAGGGCCCUGCGACAGGCGGCUGCGGUCAACGGCAAUCGCGUUAAGACUCGACUUGCGGAUAACGACGACGACGACGACGACGACGAUGAUGACGACGAGGACGAACUACUGCCGUCGAUUCUCUACGACGUGAUCCUCAGCGCGGACUGCCUCUUCUUCGACGACGUCCGGCUGGAUCUGGUGGAAACGAUUUACGGCUGGCUCGCCGACGACGGAGUGGCCCUGGUGAUGGCGCCCAGGCGCGGCACGACAUUCCAAAAAUUCGCCGAAGCGUCGGUCAAACGCGGCUUCGUCGCGCGACAAACGGAGCAGUACGACGACGUGGUGUGGUCGAGACACUUGGAGCUGCUGCGAAACAAUCUGGAGUACUGUCCGGAUCUGCAUUAUCCGGUGUUGCUGGAACUGACCAAGCAGAAGAAGACGCCGCCCGGAUGACCGAGCUCGGUCGACGACGACGACAGUCCCAGUGAAGAAUAACGACACGUUUCGCGACGACCAAAUGUUUUUUUAACGUCUACUUUGUGUGUCUGUAUAAACGCAUAAAAAAAAAAAAAAAAAAAAAAGAAAAAAGAAAAACAAUUACACGUUAGAGAGAGAGAGAGAGAGAGAUAAAUAUAUUUUUUUCAAGAAACGUGCGUUCACCGCACGUGUAUGUGAGAUGUGAAUGAUAAGACGUAGGUGUAAUAAUAAGACUAUACUCCCAUGUUGUGUCUGACAAGUGUCAAGGUUGGGUUUUUAUUAGUGCGUGAUCUGAUGAAACUGUUUAGCGCCCACAUGCGCGAAUCGAUCUUCCGCUCGUACGCAUCGUUCCACAUCGUCGCUUUUAUCGGAAAAAUUCCGUAAGGAAGUCGUGUUUUCGCGUCGUGCGCGCGCGACGUACGAGCGAUUCUCGCUUUUCCACGCGGUUGAACGCGGGGAUUUCGACUUUAUUUUUUUUUUUUUUUUUUUCUGUUUCGUUACCUUAAUCCGCGCGUGGAUAACGUGUUCUCGCGGAUAAACGCGUACGUGUUUGAAAAUGUGUUUGAUAUAUUUGCGCUUUCGUCAGUCUCUCGUGUUUAGUUCGAAUUAAAUUACGCACAGUUAACGUGAGAACGCGUGCCGCACGCGUUUCAAGCACGUUUUGCGACGCCAAGUAACAGACGCGGGCUGAUGCAACGAAGCUGUAAAUCCUACGCUUUAAAUUAAUCCGAUGUAUGAUAUGUAUGUGCGAGCGAAGAUAGACCGCAAGAGUUGUAUUGUUCUCACUCGCGGCAGGUGAGACUGCGUGCUGUGGCACUGUUUCGCAACACAAUUUUCAAUUGUCAGAUAACAGAGAAGAUGAAAAAUGUCAAUAUACAGAGACAAGUGUGUAAUAAAAAAACUUUUCGAAACAUUGUUCCAGUAAGAUUAAAAAAAAAACAUUUUAAACAUCCCUCGCGUACUUUGCGUACCGGGGGAACAAAUUUCGAAUAAUAAUAUUUUUGCGAAACGUGCGACUUCGAUUUAAAGCGGUCGCGAAGAUUGAUGCCGGCGAUUUGACAUUUAUCGCCGCAUUUAAAUCGACGGCAUUAGUCUUCCAAGAGAAAAUAAAUUUAUGAAUUACUGGUUAUUUUCCAAGAGAUAAAUCGAUAUCCAUUUCCCAUCGAUCACAUUCUUCAUUCGAUCGGGUAAAAAAAAUCGGGUGUGCUUCUCGUAGCAGUCAGAAUUUUUCUUAGGAGACGUGUACGUAUCUAUGUAUCCGAACGGAUGGAAAAAAAACAAAGACGAUCGAGUUUCGCGCAAUAGAGUGUCUUGGCGACAGUGGCUUAACGCGAUGCCGGCGUUAAAAUGUUAUCGAUCUUUGAUUGAGACGCGAAGUGGACGGCCUGAGAUGUAUCUUUUAUCUUAGAGUUCUUUCUUCGUUCUCUCGCCAGAACCAAUCUUAAAACGAUCGAAUAGCGUUUGAAUAUAUAGCUCCCCGUUAUCCACAACCUGCGAGCUCUGUGCGUCGCGAAAUUGGAUUAAAAAUCAUCUCCACGCAGAGUAUUUUUGGAUACAACAACAACAACAACAACAACAACAGAGAGUUAUCAAUGUUAUCAAUUAAUUGUUAACUAUUAAGGGUCCAAAGUGAUGUGAAGGUCGCGCGAACAAUUGUCGAUUUGGCGAAUUCGCUGAAUCCGAUGAUUAAUUAGUAAAAUAUUAUUACGCUUGUUAUUACAUUAGGUAACAUAGAUGUAAAUCGUUACGAGAUAAGAUCAUUGCAAGAUGUAACUUUAGGAGGCUAUGCCGCACAGUUAGCCGACGGAACACGAAUUUUUUUUUGUGUGUGUAACAAUUCGUUAAAUAAUGUGAAACUGUAAGUAAGCAAAGCGUUUCGAAAGAUAUUCGAACGUCAAUGUAACAAAAAAAAAAAAAAAAAAA